AGUUUGUGAAGUUGGGCUUGCAGAGUCCAAGGCCUAAAUACAUUGCAAUAUUUGUCAUACCCGCCAAUGUCAGUAACUGAGACUGAUAUGUUCCGAUUCAGAUUCUCUAACGUUAUCCAUUUCGCUUAGCUCAAGGUGAAGUGAAGCCCAUCAAUGGCCGAUGGGUAGCUGCUUCCGGUCUCCCAGAAAAUGUAUCCGAUUGCAGCUAUUUCUAAUCUUGCAUCUCCUCUCCCUCUGCUUCCUUCGUCCUGCUCCGUUCCCACACGACGGCGUUAUCCCCGCAGAGCUGUUCACCACUCGAGGCGUCUCAGCCUCAAGCCUCUCACCUCUCGCAUCGUGAUCCUCACGCGCCGUCGCCAGCUGGAUCAGAUAGUGGAGGAAGUGGAAGCAGCUAAGAGACAGUAUGGGAGGCUGAACACAAUCGUGAUGAACUCCGUCCUUGAAGCUUGCGUUCACUGUGGAGAUGUCGAUUUGGCUCUCCGGAUGUUCCACGAGAUGGCGGAACCUGGUGGGUGUGGCGUCGACUCUGUUUCUUACGCCACUAUUCUAAAGGGAUUGGGAAAGGCUCGGAGGAUCGACGAAGCGUUCCAAAUGAUGGAGUCUAUAGAGCAGGGAACUGCUGCUGGGAAUCCCAAGCUGUCAUCAUCACUUAUCUAUGGUCUGCUUGACGCUCUGAUCAAUGCUGCUGAUGCAGAACUACUUAAAAAUUGCUCUAGUGCAGGAGAUUUACGUCGUGCUAAUGGUCUGCUUGCGCGAUAUGGAACUUUACUCUUAGAGCGUGGUGGCCCGUCAGUUCUCAUCUAUAACUUGUUGAUGAAGGGGUAUAUCAACUCAGGAUCUCCACAUGCAGCAGUAGUUUUGCUGGAUGAAAUGUUACGCCUUGGAUUGGAGCCUGAUAGGGCUACUUACAAUACUUUGAUCCAUGCCUGCGUCAAGUGUGGCGAUUUGGAUGUGGCUAUGAAGUUUUUAAAGGAAAUGAAGGAGAAAGCAGAGGAAUAUUACGACGAUUGUCUUCAUCCGGAUGUUAUAACAUACACCACUUUGGUGAAGGGAUUUGGGGAUGCGAAGGAUCUGUUGUCACUGCAGGAAAUAUUUCUGGAAAUGAAAUUGUGUGACGACUUGUUCAUUGACCGAACUGCAUUUACUGCAGUAGUUGAUGCUAUGCUAAAGUGUGGCUCAACAAGCGGGGCCCUUUGUGUCUUUGGUGAAAUAUUGAAGAGAAGCGGAGCUAAUGCAGUCCUGCGACCAAAGCCACACUUGUACCUGUCUAUGAUGCGUGCUUUUGCUGUCAAAGGAGAUUAUGGCAUGGUUAGAAACCUGUAUCUUCGCCUAUGGCCUGAUUCUUCGGGAGAAAUCUCAAAGGCGGUUCAACAAGAAGCUGAUAAUCUGCUGAUGGAAGCAGCUCUCAAUGCUGGCCAGGUAUUAAAGAAUUUAAUAUACGUGAUGCGCCUUCUAAGUGAAUGGAAAGUCUUUGCUGCAUCUUUUAUAUGGUGUCUAUCAUUUUCUGAUAAUAUCUGCUAGUCUGGUGAUGAUUAAUUUUCUAGAUAACUAAAUUUUCAGCUCGAUGAGGCCCUCGGGAUUCUUAAAAGUAUCGUUAGAAGGUGGAAGGCAAUACCUUGGACAACUAGUGGAGGCAUGGCUGCUGUCCGCCUAGAAGCAUUGUUGGGGUUCUCCAAGUCUAUAUUGCGUCCACAUCUACUCAGUAAGGUGAUACCAGGCGAGCCAAUAGAAAGUAUUAUGAUUCCAUUUGAAGCCACUCGGCCAUUGCUAGGCACGCUGCUGCUGAAGGAUGUGGUCAUGCGGUUUUUCAAGGAGCAAGUUGUGCCAAUUGUAGACGAUUGGGGAAGUUGCAUAGGCCUUCUGCAUCGGGAGGAUUGCAACAAUCUUGAUGAGCCAUUGGUCUCAAUGAUGAGAAGCCCGCCUCCAUAUGUGAGUACAACAACAUCGAUUGGUCGUGUGAUAGAUCUGAUUCUGGAAAAGAAACAUAAGAUGGUUAUAGUUGUUCAUUGCGGAAAUAUUUGUGGGAGCGGUUAUAGCUCAAAGGAAGUUGGAGCUUUUACAAGAGCACAAUUGUAUCGGCUAUUUGAACCAGAACAAAAGCUGCUCUGGUGGAUGUAAGAUAUUAUUUGUAUGAGUUAAUUUCUUCUAAAUUGUUAUAUAUCAUUUGUCACGUUUCUGCAUGUAAAUGUUUUUUGGGUAAAGAAAGAAAAAGCAGAGAUGAAGCAUUGAUAUGUUCACAGACAAAACCAUAUAACUUAGUUGUCCAACAUUUUGAUGCUAUGCCAAAACAAGAAAGAAAAUAAACAGUAAAAAGCACUGACAUAGGAAAAAGCUAAUUAGUCGCAGCUGCUGUGAUACAAUGCAGAUGCAUUAUCACUUGGAUGCAGCAGUUUCAUAGUCAAUAACGGUUUGAAAGGCUCCAGCGAGAGCCAGGACCUUGUUCUUCCUCGAGCUCUCCUGCAACUUACUUGCUAUCACAUCGUUGUAGGCUGAUGGAGAUUCCUUCUUCCCUUGCACCACUUCCUUCUUUGUUCCUUCUUCUACUUGAGCCUUUGUUUCUGUUGUUCCUUCUUUCACUUUGCUGCUUUCGCUUUCCUCUUCUUUCACUUCUGCUUCUCCCUCUUCCUUACUUUCUUCGACAUUCGCAGCUUCUGGAGUAAUAACUGUCUCGCUCUCCUCCUCCUCCUCAUCAACUUUCUUUCCAGCUUCCUCCUUGUCUUCACCGUUGUCUUCUUGGGUGCUCUCUGGAGUAACAACUGUCUUGCUGUUGUCCUCGUCAUCAACUUCUUCCUUGUCUUCACUGUUCUCUGGUUCUUUCGGCUCCUCUAUUUUCUCUUCUGUUUUAUCCUCAUUCGUCACUUCUCCUCUUUCUUCUUCUUCUUUGGUGGAGGCAUCCACUGCACCGGACUCUUUCUCUUCACCGGAUUCAUCGGGUUGUGCAACAACCUCUUUGUCUUCUUCUUUCGGUUCUUCUUCGCUGUGGUCAGGAACUUGUACAUCCGUCUCGACCUUGACAACCUCUUCUUCAUCCUCGUGAGCAGACUCGUGAGCAGGCGCAGGAGGAGAAGAUCCGGGGGUAAUCUCUUUACCCGAAGAUUUCUUUGGAACAUUCUCAGAUCCCUCCUUUUUGCUCUUGGAAGAGGUGCUACCGCUCAGACCGCUCUUCUUUACCCCCGGAGGUCCUUUUGAAGCCGCAGGAGGCGAUUUCACCGAGCUGCUUCCUCUGAGACCGCCUCUGGUGCUUCCAUGGAAAGAUGUUGAACGCAGAGCCGUGGCAGGCUUCUCUCUUGGAAGCGCGGGUCUGUCUCGUGGGCGUGCGGGAGGAGAGGUAUUGAGAGACUUCUGGGAUGAUGAUGAUGUUGAAUGAGAAGUUAAAGACGAAGGAGGACGAUCAAAUGAUCGUCUACGAAGGAGCUUCUGAUUGUUGUCUUCCACAGAAGUGUUCUUCUUCAAGAACUUGACCGGGUCAGGUCUCGAGCUGAUUGUUGGUUUCAGAUAAUUGGGCAAAGGCUUCUCGGUUGUUUUCCGAUCAGAUCCAUCUGCGUUCGCUUCAGUUUCUGAGUUUGGUACCGGUUUUGGCUUUCUGCCGAGAGAUCUUGAUCUGGUGAGGUUUUGGUUGUCCGGUUUCGUUUUCGUUGUACUAGAGGAGGGCGUUGCCAUUAUUCAGAGAUCAAAUAAACGACCUGAGACGCUAUACGCACAAAGGAGAUGAAUAAAAGCUUUUGAACCAAGGAGAAGAGACGUGUAUAUCAAGGAACGUAAUCUCCAAAGAUUUGUGGUGGAAAACUUAGGGGUUUUUGUUUUAUUUUUGGAACUCUGUUAUUCUAAACGCAGCUUAAAUCUCGCAUUUCUUAGGUGGUGGUGAUGGUUAUGGUGGUGGAGACCAUGAAUCCUCCAUAUGUAUUUAUUUUCCCCCUAACGAUUUCGGCCGUUUUGGAAAACCGUAGACUUUUGUUUGAGCUAGUCUAAAAUACAUGUUUU